GAAGAAUCGAUUAAGUUGGCUUUUAAGUAAAAUAUUGGUGGUAUUUUAUUUUGGUAAAAAAAAAAUUUUUCGUGAAAAAUUAAAUUUUUGGACCAAAUUGUCUGUCUGUCCAUUAAAAAGGGUCAGAAACUAAAAGCUGAAAUUCGCCUUAAUAGAAGGCUAGACUCUUAAUAAACGACUUUCAAAACAUUCCCUCCUAUUUCCCAUAAAUAACUUGGUACCGCCAAAAGGAAACAAAGGAAAAAACAACAAGAAAAUUAGAACUACAACUUUGUUUUGUCAACAUUUGUGUACUCUGACCUACAAACAUAUAAACGAGUUGUUCAACGACACACAUGGCGUCGACCUCCAAAAAGGAUACAACGCAUGCCGCCGCUUCAUACAAUUCCUUCCAAUUUAUUACUUUUUUCUUUAAAACUUAUUUCUGAUAAGUAAAUAACAAACUUACAGAGGAAGUUGUCAAAAUAAGUUUAAAAAAAGCACAUGCGCUUUUCUCAACUCAAAGCAAAACAAAAAAAACAUUGACAGAAGUCCUUAACAAAGGAUAACGUCAUUUUGUAGACAAAACAAAUGACAUUGGAAGGCAACACGAAAAAGCUUUUUAUUAAAGCUUUUAAAAGCUUGCUUAACAUCAAAAAUGUCCUUUAUUUGCUUUAAAAGAAAACGGGAAUAACAUUUUGAAAGUAAUCAGUUUGCCAGAACAACGCUCUUAAAGCAGUAGUAUAAUCCGAAAGUGGACGCUAACCGAGCAUCCUUACACACACGCACAUACUUACAUACAUACAUAUAUAUUUCUUUUUGUUGAGUUUAAUAAUUAUUCUCAUGGAAAAAAUCAUAAAAAAAACACAACGCAUUUAAAGAAAUAUAAACAAUUUUAAAUAAAAUUAUUUGUAAACUUUAAGAAUAAAAACAAAUAAACAAAUUAUUAAACAAAUUGCCUUAAAAUUAAACAACAACAGCAAAUAAUGUUUACAACUAUAAAGGAUUCUUAAAGUUUUGAUAACAGAACACCAAACCAAGCAACGACAAACAGCUUUAAUCAUAAAUAAUGGGUCGCCGCAAGGAUAAACCACGCCUUAUCCCCGAGCAAGAUAAACGUAUCUGCCGUGCUAUUUGCCUUUGCCAAUUGACCAUGGUUUUAUCCUGCGUUUCUAUAGUGUAUUUAAGUGUGGCCAUUUAUGCUCCUUCAUUUAAAGCUUUCAAAUCCGGUUUUGAAUUGGAUCCGGUCAUGUGUCAAACUAUACAAUCGGAUAUGCCUGACUCACAUUGUAGUUGGGCUUCUUGCGGAGAAUGGUGUUUAACACGUACCAGUGGUUUUUGUCCUCAAAUCUAUUCAAUCGUGCGUCGUAAUGGAACCGAUAUCCAGUUGAAUAAUUGUACUCGUAUUACAAAUACUUCAUGUGCAAUGAUCGAUAUGAGUCGUUUAAAUAAAUUCAAUUGUAAUAAUGGAACAGCCUGCAACAACAUUCAUGGAGUAUUCAAUUGUUCAAAUGGUCACUGUAAAAAUAUGUCAGAGUUCUUUUUGUGUCAUCACAAAGCCGAUGGACCCACCAUUAAUUCAGCCAAAGACAAUACAAAAUUGAAUGGUUUCUUUGAGUGUCAUGGAGUACAUUGUACGAAAAUCAAAAAACCUUUUAGUUGUGACAGAUAUUGUUCGAAAAUAACCACUUCACAUAUAAAUGUGCUGCUGAUGCAUGAGGAUAAUGUUAUAGCAGCAGAUUGUGAAAAUGCUGUGGCCUUUAAUGAGGCCAGAGGCAAUGAACUGGGGGUUCGUAUAAGUCCGACAGAAUUUUGGAAGGAAGAUGAUGGGAAUCUGUUAACGAAUUGUGCCACUGUAACAAGGGAAGGGGAUAAAAUAAUGGCCACGGAUUGUCUGAAUGGCACUUUAUUGCCGCACAACAUUUUACCGGAGCCUUUUAUGAAUUUUACACAAUUUUGGAAAAUUUAUGAGGAAAGCAAAAUCGAAGUAGAUCCUGAACAGAAAUUCUUACCCAAUCAACAUAAUUUGACCAUUUAUAAGAAUAAAAAGUUAUUUAUCAAUUUGGAGGGUUGUGUCAAUACUUUGAGAGGAGAAUGUAAAGAUUUUCAUGCUCGUCAUGGCAGUGAUGGCGAUAAUAAUACAGCCCAAUCGAGGUAUCAAUGUUAUUAUAAUAAGGAUCCCUCAGUUGAAUUUGUUACUUCACGUUAUGAUUUGAAGAAGGUCUAUAAUGAAUUGUUGUUCUCGUUAAUAGUUCCUAUAGUUUUGUUUGUGAUCUCAUCAAUUUCUCUUAUAAUUAUAACAACUUACGUUAAGGUGGGAGAUGAUGCCAAAAUGCGUUGUAUUUGUGGCGGUGAAGAAUCGGAUGCCGAUGAAAUCUAUUCAUCGCGUAAGAGCAAAAGGAAUCGUCAGGCACAGAAUUUAGAAACGAUGGACAAUUUAAAUCAAAUGACUGAUUUGGCGGAGCAUGACGUAAGUCCAGCCGAUGCCAAUGCCAUGAUUGGCAGUACAAAGUCUUUAUUACCCCUAAGUCCAACCAAUGAAUCCGGUACCACCGAUAAUACUUUUGACGAUGAAAAAGCCUCAAAAUGUGACAUGCCGGAAAAACCUCUAGUAGUAAUUUAAAAACAAGCUAAACAAACUAACAAAACCAAGAAAAAAACUACUAAACAUUAAAAACAAACUAACAAAAACAA